GGCCCUGGAAACACCUUUUCCAGCCCGUUUAAUUCUUACAGUGAGCUAGAUACCCCAUUUACAGACGAGGAAACCGAGGCUUGGAGAGACUAAGCAAUUUGCCCAGGGUCACAUGCCUAGUAAGUGGCAAAGCUGGGAGGAGCCCCAAGACUGGCUGACCCGAAAGCCCGAGCUCCUUCCACAGUGCUCCCCUCCGCUCUCUGGUCCUUGCUCUAACUUAUGGGCUCCCUCUCCCCAAGAGGGUCCCACAGUGGUUACCCCCCCCCCAUAAAGACUUCUCCUCUUCAGGCUGGGGUUCCCUAGCCUGCACCCAGGAGGGCCCCUUUCCUCAGUGGUCUCCACCAUGUCUAGGCCAGUGCUAAGGCAGGGUCUUUGUGUCCCAUCUCCUCUCUCUUUAGAGACCCCUGCCUCCAAGUUCAUGGCCAGGGCUGUCUCAGUGGCUCCACCUGCCUGGGUGCUCACUGCUGACCCCUCACCAAAACCCGACCUUCAAACAGGGCCCCAGGCUUUCUCCAGAUUCUCUCACAACCCCAGACAGCAAGGAGGGAGACGGGCGUGAUGGGUCUCACUGACAAACAGGGAAACUGAGGCCCAAGAGUUCAAGUGACCUGCCCAAGAAGUGGCAGGGGUAAGGGGGGCCCUGAGCCUUCAUCGCAGUCCUUGGGGGCUUUGCCACCCUCCCCCCCCAACACAAAUGCAUACGCUGCUAAGAACCAUGAGUUGAAGGCUGUGCUCCUUGGGGGUUUGGCUAGAGCUGAGUGAGGACUGAAGCAGAAGAGACGCCUCUGGGUGGGGCCCUGGACCUCCACUGCCAGGCCCCCACCCUCCCCAGGAGGAAGGCCUGGCUCCAGAGUCAGCCUGGACAUCCUCCUGCCUCCACCCUCAGCGAGCUGGUUCCAUGUCGGAAGCCAGGGUAGGCAUCCGGUCCCAGCCCCACCACUGUCCUGCUGUGUGACCUAGGGCCAGCUGUGAUCACCUCUGGUCUCAAUGUCCCCAGAUGUAAAGAAGCCCGAGAGAUGCAGUCCUGUGCCCCACCAGGGUAGAGGUGAAGACCAGGGGGGAAUGAAUGAUUGCUGGAAGAGGGUGGGUCUGGGACGAGAAAAAGACAUCAAAGGACAGAGCUGGUGGCUGUUACCGGGGGUGAGAGGGGCCAUGGAGAAAGGUGGGUUCAAGUCACAUAAUCCUGCCUCACCCCAGCCUGGGGUGGCCGGGCAGGUGCCGAGGGUCCUCUCCUACAGGACAGCCACCGUGUGGAAGACCCUGUGCCCCUUCUGGGGCGAGGAGUACCAAGUGCACCUGCCACCCACCUUCCACGCUGUGGCCUUCUACGUCAUGGACGAGGAUGCCCUCAGCCGGGAUGAUGUCAUCGGGAAGGUCUGCCUGACUCGGGACACCCUGGCGGCCCACCCUAAGGGAGUCAGCGGGUGGACCCACCUGACGGAGGUCGACCCCGACGAAGAGGUGCAGGGCGAGAUCCACCUGCGGCUGGCGGUGGUGUCCGGGCCUGGGGCCCGCCGGCUGCGCUGCUCUGUGUUGGAGGCCAGGGACCUGGCCCCGAAGGACCGGAACGGGGCGUCCGACCCCUUUGUCCGAGUGCGUUACAACGGCCGGACACAGGAGACCUCGAUCGUGAAGAAAUCAUGCUACCCACGCUGGAACGAGGCCUUCGAGUUUGAGCUGGAGGAGGGGGCCACGGGGCCACUGUGCGUGGAGGCCUGGGACUGGGACCUCGUCAGCCGCAACGACUUCCUGGGCAAAGUGGUGUUCAAUGUCCAGGGGCUGUGGGCGGCCCAGGAGGAGGAGGGCUGGUUCCGGCUGCAGCCUGAUCAGUCCAAGAGUCGGCUGGACGAGGGCACCCUGGGCUCCUUGCAGCUAGAGGUGCGGCUGCGGGACGAGACGGUGCUGCCCUCUGCCUGCUACCAGCCCCUGGUGCAGCUGCUGUGCCAAGAAGUGAAGCUGGGCGCCCAGGGCCCAGGGCACCUGAUCCCACUCAUCGAGGAGACCACGAGCACCGAGUGCCGCCAGGAGGUGGCCACCAACCUGCUCAAGCUCUUCCUGGGUCAGGGACUGGCCAAGGACUUCCUGGACCUGCUCUUCCAGCUGGAGCUGGGUCGCACCAAUGAGGCCAACACCCUGUUCCGGAGCAACUCUCUGGCCUCCAAGUCCAUGGAGUCUUUUCUGAAGGUGGCUGGGAUGCGGUAUCUGCACGGCGUCCUGGGCCCCAUCAUCGAUCGGGUGUUUGAGGAGAAGAAGUAUGUGGAGCUGGACCCCAGCAAAGUGGAGGUCAAGGAUGUGGGGUGCUCCGGGCUGCACCGCACACAGACGGAGGCCGAGGUGCUGGAGCAGAGCGCACAGACGCUGCGCUCCCACCUGGCGGCGCUGCUGAGCGCGCUCAGUCGCUCGGUGCGCGCCUGCCCCGCGGUGGUCCGCGCCACCUUCCGCCAGCUCUUCCGGCGCGUGCGCGAACUCUUCCCCGGCGCCCAGCACGAGAACGUGCCGUUCAUCGCCGUCACCAGCUUCCUGUGCCUGCGCUUCCUGUCUCCCGCCAUCAUGGCGCCCAAGCUCUUCCACCUGCGGGAGCGGCACGCGGACGCCCGCACCAGCCGCACGCUGCUCCUGCUGGCCAAGGCGGUCCAGAACGUGGGCAAUAUGGACACGCCGGCUUCAAGGGCCAAGGAGGGGUGGAUGGAGCCGCUGCAGCCCACCGUGCGCCAGGGGGUGACCCAGCUUAAGGACUUCAUCACCAAGCUCGUGGACAUCGAGGAGAAGGAGGAGCUGGACCUGCAGCGGUCGCUGAGCUUGCAGACACCGCCGGUGAAGGAGGGGCCACUCUUCAUCCAUAGGACCAAGGGCAAGGGUCCCCUCAUGUCUUCCUCCUUCAAGAAGCUCCACUUCUGCCUCACCACUGAGGCCCUCAGCUACGCCAAGACGCCCAGCGCCAAGAAAAGCACCCUCAUCAAGCUCACCAACAUCCGGGCAGCGGAAAAGGUGGAGGAGAAGAGCUUCAGCAGCUCGCACGUCAUGCAGGUGAUCUACACGGAUGACGCGGGCAGGCCCCAGACCGCCUACCUGCAGUGCAAGUGCAUGAACGAGCUGAACCAGUGGCUGUCUGCUCUCCGGAAAGUGAGCAUCAACAACACGGGCCUGCUGGGCUCCUACCACCCUGGUGUCUUUCGUGGGGACAAGUGGAGCUGCUGCCAGCAGAAGGACAAGACAGAUCUGGGCUGUGACAAGACCCGGUCACGGGUGACCCUGCAGGAGUGGAGUGACCCUCUGGACCACGACUUGGAGGCCCAGCUCAUCUAUCGGCACCUGCUGGGUGCAGAGGCCACACUGCGGGAGAAGCACCGGGAGCUGAGGGCGGGCCUGGAGGAAGGCCCUGGCGGAGCCCCCGAGGACGCACUGGCCCAGCUGCUGCGGACGCUGCAGGACCUCAAGAGGGCCCAUGGCUCCAGCCUGGCCGCCGCUCCACCCUUGGAGCAGACCCGCCUCCUGGAGCUGCAGACGUGAGGCCGGCCCACUUGCCCUCACCGGAGUGCGGGGCCUGGGUCUCUCCUGGGCUGGGAGGGUGGGGGGAGCCAGGGACCCUGGGGUCCAGAAGUCCAGAGCUGACAAGGUUCCAGACUGUUAUCGCUGACCUGAAGCCUCCAGGGGACUUAGAGACCUCCUACUACUCUCUGAGGCCCAGCUGCUCCCCUCGGCCCCUGCUGCUAGCCCAGACUCUCCGGGACCCCCCCUCCCACCCAGGACAGACCCAGCCAGAACCACCCUCACCCCCACCCUGCUCCAAGGAACCGGGUGACUGACGCUCCUUGGACCCAGAGGAGUCAGGAGAUUCAGAUGUCCAGAGCCCCUGGAGACCAGUCCUGGGGCCUCCGCACCCCUUGCCCCCAGCCCACUCCACCCAUGCCACUCUCUUGCCUGCAAUAAACCGGCUGGGACUGGCA